AUAAGUGAGGAGUGGGUGUACAAUCACUACAAAUGGAUUGUGUGGAAACAGGCCUCCAUGGAAAGAUCUUUUCCAGAAACAAUGGGAAGCCUCCGUCUCACGCCAGAGCAGGUUCUCCUACAGCUCAAGUACAGAUAUGAUGUGGAGAUCGACCACAGCCGUAGGCCAGCUCUGAGGAAGAUAAUGGAAAAGGACGACACAGCAGCCAAAACCCUGGUGCUCUGUGUUUGUGGGAUCGUCUCCAGGGGUCAAUCCCCAAACAGACAGAGUCGUAAUGACACCAAGACUCCACAAGGAGCUGAUGCCAAGGUUGAAUCCCCAUCUGCAGUUGUUUGGCUGACAGACGGAUGGUACGCCAUUAAAGCCCAGCUGGAUGAACCUUUGACUGCCAUGCUUCACAAAGGUCGACUGGCUGUCGGAUGGAAGCUGAUCAUCCAUGGGGCUCAGCUGGUGGGAUCACAAGAUGCUUGCUCACCUCUGGAGGCACCUGAAUCGCUCAUGUUAAAGAUUUGUACCAAUAGCAGCAGACCUGCACGGUGGGAUACUAAGCUGGGAUUUCACAGAGAUCCCCGGCCAUUCCUGCUUCCUGUCUCCUGUUUGUAUAGAAAUGGAGGGCCAGUAGGAUGUGUGGACAUUACCAUACUAAGAAGCUACCCCCUACAGUGGAUGCAGAGGAAACCAGAUGGGGGCGUUGUGUUCCGUUCUGUUCGUGCAGAAGAGAAGGAGGCGAGACGAUACAGCAGCCACAAACAGAAGGCCAUGGAAAUCCUUUUUGCCAAGAUUCAAACUGAAUUUGAAAAGGAGGAGAAAGGUAAUAACAAACCUCAACGCAGAAGACGGACAAUAAGUCGUCAGGAUAUUGCAAAUCUGCAAGAUGGAGAGGAGCUGUAUGAAGCAGUGGGGGAUGACCCAUCUUACCUUGAGGCUCAUUUGAGUGAACAGCAGUUAGAGACUCUACAAACCUACCGUCGCUCUCUGAUGGAGAAGAAGCAGGCUGAUCUGCAGGAUCGAUACCGUCGAGCUCUGGAAGCAGAAAACGAUGACGGGGGCUGUCCUAAACGAGACGUUACACCUGUGUGGAGACUCCACAUUGCUGACUCCAUGGGCCAACCUGGCAGUGUUUACCAGUUGAAUCUCUGGCGGCCUUCCUCGGAUCUACAGUCUUUACUGAAAGAAGGCUGUCGAUACAAAGUCUAUAACCUCACCACUUCAGAUGGAAAGAAACGCAGCAGCAUUGAAACUGUUCAACUCACUGGGACAAAGAAAACACAGUUUCAGGACCUACAGGCUUCCCAGGAGUGGUUAAUGGCACGUUUUCAACCGAGGGUUUCUACCAAUUUUGUGAAUAUUCAAAACCCAGAAUUCCAGCCGCUGUGUGGAGAGGUUGAUCUCACAGGAUAUAUCAUCAGUGUCAUAGACGGACAGGGUUCCUCUCCUGCAUUUUAUUUGGCUGAUGGAAGACUGAACUUUGUUAAAGUGCGCUGUUUCAGCAGCUUUUCUCAGUCUGGCCUGGAAGAUGUCGUAAAACCCCGUGUGCUGUUGGCUCUGAGCAACCUGCAGCUCAGAGGUCAGUCCACAUGUCCCACUCCUGUUGUGUACGCUGGAGAUCUGACCGUCUUCUCUACAAACCCCAAAGAGGUUCAUCUACAGGAAUCCUUUAGCCAGCUCAGAAACCUGGUCCAGAGUCAGGAGAACUUUUUUCCAACUUGUGAGGAGAAGCUUUCACAUUUAGUCAAGUCUAAUGGCCUGAGCUCCAUCUGUUCUCCAGCUCUGCAACCACAAACCCCAGCUUGCACAUCAGACAGAAGACAAGACACAAGUCUGGUAUGUCAGCAGCCAAUCAGAAGCCUUGGAUCCUUCACACCUGUCAGCAGAAACCCUCCUGCAGCAACCCCUUCAACUGAGAAAGACCCCAAAAGCCUGAAGAGGAGAAGAGCUUUGGACUAUCUUUCUCGUAUCCCGUCUCCACCAUCUCUCGCCCAUCUGGGCGCAGUGGCUUCUCCAAGUGUAAAUAAGACAUUCAACCCCCCUCGGAGGUCUGGGACACCAAGCACUUUAAAAACUGUACAGACUCCAGCUCGCAAACCUGUUGUUCCGCAGGUGGAAGAUGAAUGGGUGAAUGACGAGGAACUGGCGAUGAUUGAUACUCAAACAUUGCUUGCUGGUGGUUUACUUCUCACUGGACUAAUUAAAGUGGAGAAAUUGCCAAUGUCUUACACUGAAUCCUCCUGUUCGGCCUCUCCUGAUGUAGAAAGCUCUUGUGUGGGUGAAAGUACUGAAGGUGGUAGAGAUGACUCUGCUGACAAAAACACUGUUUGUGUGAGCAGUGACUGCAUCAGUCGGGACAGCAGUGUGAGGGAGCGUGUGUUAAAGGAGGUAGGACUCACCAGCACCACUUUCAUUGGUCCGGCAUUUCCUCCAGAAAUAGCCACAAUCAAGUCUGGCAUUGAAGACACACUGAGCGAGUUUUAUAAAGAGCUUGAGAAGAUCGAUACACCUGAUGAUGCUAAUGGUAACCCAGGGAAACAAGGUAAAUGUUUUGUUCAACCACCCUCACCUCCAAAAACAUCUACCAGCAAACAGACUCAGGAUGUACGCAAGGAGAAAAGUGUUCACGCAAUGAAAUCUGAAAAAUCUGACGGCUUCUGGAAAAGCAGUGGACAGAACCAGCCAUCCUGGCCUCACUGGUAUCAAAAUAAGCCAUACUACCCCAGAAGGCCGAGACCAGGCAUGGACCCGAGUUUUGGUAGAGCUGCUCCAACUCAAAAUCACUGGAAUUAUCCUCAACCACUGGACAGACCACCAAACCCAAGAUUACAUACACCCCCAUUCCAUCACGCACCACCCCCAUCUGCAUUCCCAAAUCCACAAAACCCGCCACCACACAUGAAUCAUAACUGGAGAAGUUCAGGCAUGCCGAACCAGUAUCAAGAGGAGGCGCAUUUUCCAACAUUUUCUAGCUUCCCAUCUCAGAAUGUAUACAGUCCCCCCACUCAGGGCUAUUAUGGAGAUUAUCCACAUCACUUAGACAGGGACGAACGGGGUUGUAGCUACGACACAUACUCAGAUGACGUAAAUAGGGGAUGGCCUAGAGACAGAGAAGAAGAGUGGUCUCAGUUCGACGAAGACAAUGACAGGGGCCAGAGAUUUGUUUCUGAAAAUGAACUCUGGAAGCAACAGCAUCACUGCCGAUCUUCUGAUAACUCUCAUGCAUCCUCUUCUUCUUUGGUGCUGAUCUUAAUGAGGGGAUUGCCAGGAUCUGGGAAAUCUACACUGGCCAGGGAGCUGCUCACCACUGGUCCCAGUGGGCUGAUACUGAGCACAGAUGACUACUUUGCUCAAAAGAAUGGCUACCGCUAUGAACCAGGCCUUCUUGGCGUGGCCCAUGAAUGGAACCAGAGCAGAGCUAAAGAUGCUAUGCAUGAUUGCCGGUCUCCAAUUAUUAUUGAUAAUACAAACAUUCAAGCCUGGGAAAUGAAGCCAUAUGUCAAAAUGGCCUUGGAGAGAGGAUACAAAGUGGACUUCUGUGAACCUGACACCAGCUGGAAGUUGGAUCCUUACGAGCUUGAAAAGAGGAACAAACAUGGUGUUCCCCAGGAGAAGAUCAUGCAGAUGCUGGAUCGCUUUUCAUUUCCCAUAUCCAUAGACAUCGUCAUGAGUUCACCAGAGCCGCCUCACGUUAACCAGAGACGUCGACCAGAGCAUGCGCAGACGAUGAGGAGAAACAGAGACUUCUGUUAGUUACUACAAGGAUUUAACCAGCCAAAUAAUUUGCCUUGAAGAACAACAUUUUUGUAAUGGUUUAAAUACUGUUGCUGCUGUUUCUACAUGAUUUUAAUAUAUAAUUUUGUAUGAUGUAAAUUUGUGGAAUGGCAAAACAAAUAUAUUUUCUCUAAAGAAGUUUUCAUUAUUAAAUUUUCAUGUGUAAAAUCUUUGCUAGAAAAACUCUUUUCUACAUUCCACUCUAUUAUUUUUGCAAUUUGUAAAAUAUGCAACAACAUGGAAAACCAUCUGCCUAAUGUUAGUUUCCUGUUUAAAUUGACUACCAGUUGCUUGUUAAAAUAGUUUUCAGCAUAUUCUCAUUCCCUUAAAUCUGUAGAGCAUAUGUGAGAAUAUUUUGUUCUGGUAAACCAAGUUUCAUAGUCGGUUUAUCUCUAUGGUUGUACAAACGCAUUUUUGUUUUGAGCCAAAGAGUUGCUCGUUCUCUCUGUUGGUGCUUGCAAGACACAUCAAAAUGCAAUUUGUAACGUAAUUUAUUUGUUUAUUUCUCAAUAUUUUAUCAAUUGGACAAUUUCUGCUUUUUUUAAUUUUAGUUUUUGGGCUAAACUGUGAAAGUGAAGCAAUAGUGAAUAUACCGGUAGUACAAAAUAGCCAUAAACUGUUGAGUCUUGUUAAACACUCUCAGUUUCCCAUGGGACCAGCUGGCCAAAGCAGAAUAAUCCCACUACACUUGCAGUGCGAAAACAAUAUAUAGAGACAUUAGCACUGUAGCUUCUCUGAUAUUCAGCAGAAUAAUAGUGAGUGUGGAGUGUGAUGUGCCAGUUUGAUAGCAUUCAUUACUGGGUCUCACAGGAAAUCACAUUUUGCCUUUGUAUUCCCUCUGGUGUUCAUUAAAGCAGCACGAACAGGUGCUGCUUUAUUGACUUCAGCCAGGGAUUAUUUUUGUCUGGACCUUAAGAUUGUUGGUGCUCGAACGUAUAUCUCCAUUUGAGGAGGCAUUUUGAUCCAAUCAGUUUCAAAUUUUAUACAUCAAAUGGUGUUGGCUGAAAUCAUUAUCAUACCAUGUUAGACCCAACUGUUUUAUUGCUGUGGAUUUUGGGCCGAGCUCAUAUUUUCCAGUGGAGCUUCACGUGACAGAUCUGGGUUAGUUUUUCUGUUCUCUGCUUCACAUUAUGCAGACCUCGCUGUUUCAUGUUUAAAAAUAGCACAAAAGGAAAAGAACAUUGAAAACUGGAUGCACAUAAAGUGAGAGUUAUUUCAACCAAGUAUGUGCUGGUUUUGGCUGAUAGAGGAUGAUCAGUGGAGGCUUAAAAUACCAACAGAGGGGGAGACAUCUUGCAUUAGUAGCGUCCAUUAGUAACUGCAGGUGAAGCUAUGUAUGGUUGUUGUUAAGAUUGUCAGAGGUCAUUUUGAAAGGCUUGUGAUGUUAUUAGGCAAAUACCCUCAUUAAGUGUCUUACAGUCCAUGAUAGUAAGGGUCCACUUUUCUUUCAGUCCUCCUCAUGUGGUAUCUCAUCAUUAGUUUUGAAACUUCGUCCUGCUACAUCAUCUUAUUUUGCAGUGUUUUAAACUGAUUCCAAUUAGUCAAGGUGAUAUUUACUGCAGUUUGAAAUACUGUAUAGUAUUUCCUUUAAUUUGUCCCCCUCCUGUUGGACAGACAUGGACAUUACACAGAUUGCAGCAGCACUUUCAUCAUAAGACUGCAGUGCAUUUUCUGGUAGACUUUGUCCAAUUGGUCUUGACAGUCACCAACUCAGAACCUGUGAUUUUUCCUCAGGUUGCGAAGGAGCAUGUGAUCCCUCCAUGAAAUAAAAUUGUUUA